AUGGCUGGUGGACUUCCACCAAUCCACCAAGAGAACGAGCCAGCUAAGAAAGAGGAGCAGUUGGACAAAGCAAAAUCGAGCCAGCUGGCAGACAGCUUCAGACAGGCACUGUGCCAUCAAUUUGGUACACUGCUGGCGGCAUGGAGAGAGGCACUCGACGUUGACGGUAAGGGCAAGCUCACUUUUGGGGAGUUCUGUUUCUUGCUGAAUCGCUUGGGCCUCCACUAUGAAGUAAGGAGCCUUUGGUUGCAGUUGACGGACCGCGAUUUCCUGCAAUUCAGGGAUCUAGACCCAGAGACUGAUGAGAUGUUGACGGAGUUGCGUGAAAAGUUGACCAAGGAGUAUCAGAACAUGCUUCUUGCAUGGGUGAAAGGCUUGGACACAAAGGGCAAUGGCUGGGUGACAGAGAAACAGUUUGUGCACUGCUGCCGCAAAGUAGGCUUCGCUGGCAAUGCGGCAGAGCUCUUCAGACGCAUGCAGCCAGAGACAGGCCGUGGCUUAAUGAGCGUCAAAGACUUUGACACAAAGGCGUUCCAUGCACUCAGUCGUGGGGACUUUCGGAUGCUCAGCGAACCGAAUCAAGGUUAUCAUGGGAAGUCUCCAAUGGAGUUAACCUUUCACGAGCGAAACGAGGCGUCUUUUUUCAACCAGAUGCAAAGAGCGACAAAAGUGUCGCGAUGCAAAGAGUUUGCAAAGGCAUGUGGUACUUCGUCCACAAACGCUUCCCUGAAGACGAUCGAGGAUUUCGAGAGCCUUUGUGUGAGGAAAUGUGGCUCUGUUCUGGUCGCGUGGCGUCGAUGUCUUGAUCAACAUGCCAGCGGCAAGCUAAGUUUUGGUGAAUUUUGCGAAGCCUUGCGCCGUCUUGGAUAUGCUGGCGACUUCAAGUCUCUCUUCAGGGACUAUGACAAGCAGCAAAAAGGCUUUGUUUGCUUGGGUGACAUUGAUCCAGAAGCUGACUUAUUGGUCUCUGAUUUCUUGUCCUUGCUUGGCGACCGCUUUGGGACUCUGGAUAUAGCAUGGAAGGACGGGUUUCAUCAAGAUCCGCCGCAUGGGAGUGUCUCGAAGGAAGAGGUGGUGGAGGUGUGCUCAUCCUUGGGCUACAAGCAUGAUGCGGAGAAACUGUUCAAAUGCUUGUCUCCACAAAAGAACCUGACGAUUUGGGACCUGGACCCAGCAUGUAGUCAGAAACUUCAAAGUGGGCAUAAUGCGAUCAUCUCUGGUGGCAAUGCGUUGGAAAAGACGUUCCUGGAGGAUGGCAGCUUGACAUCCAGGAAUCAGAAAACCUUUUACAGCUUCAUGAGCCCUGGCCAACUCCAACAGCUUCACACUGCUCUGAAGCGCUGCUUUGGCUCCACCGUCGUGGCAUGGCGUAGUGCCUUCGAUCCUCAAAAUCAUGGCACUUGUGGUUUUGGCAUCUUCAUGAAGGCUCUUGAGGAGUGCGCGUUUAGCGGCAAGGCAAAAAGUCUGUGGGAAGAACUGAGCGGCCAGCGACACUUCCUGACCUUUCAUGACUUGGAUUGCCAAGCAGCUAGUUUGUUGGACUCCAUGAGGGAGCAGUUGGUGGACAAGUUCGGAUCGCUCAUGGAUGCUUGGGAUCACUUGGAAGAAGCUGCGUGUGGCUUACUAGACGAGGAGUCUUUUGUCAAGAGCCUCGACUCAGUCGGUGUGAUGGCUAAACGCCCAAAGACGCUCUUCAAGUUACUGCUAUCUUGGCCGCCUGCACAAAGAAGCCUGGUCAUGGAGGACUUUCAGGCACUCCUUAUCGGGGUGCCACUGGCUGAGCAGGAAGUGCUUUGGCGCUCCAAAAAGCCCAGGAAACAAGAAAUUCCAACAAAGGCCAAGCAGGCAGCAAAAGCAGUGCCAAAGAAGAGGGUGCGGCAAGUCGAACCUGCAAACAAGCAAACACCAAAGGUGGUGGUUUCCGCACCGGAGCCUUCCAAGCUGCCCGCAACAGAGGCAAACCAGGAGUGUUCUCCACAGUCGAGGGAGGUUGCCAGGUCCAUAGCCACGCAGGCCGUAGAUGAAGUGGUUUGCACCGUGGCUGUCAAUUUGACUAAGACGGAGGCUGCAGGCAAGUCUCAAAGUACAACAUUUGCCAGGGAAGAAAGGGAAGCUCCACAGGGAAGCGCCCCCUCUGCACGCAAGAAGUUUGCAGCAAAGUUGCUGAGUGCAGCCAAAGAUGGCAGCCUGGAGAAAUCGCUCAAAGAUUUUGAGUCAGAGGCUGGACACUCAUGA